ACUGUAUUUGUCUUAGUUUCAUGCAACCAAAAUGGCACUUUUGAAUCUUGGUUCUAAAUCCGAAGCCUUCUGUUGUGAAGGCCAGACUUGGCGUUGUAAAUCAGGACUUCCAAGUGAUAUUACAAUUGAAAUUGGAGAAAUGUCCUUUUAUCUACACAAGUUCCCUUUGCUCUCAAGAAGUGGACUUCUAGAAAAGCUUAUGAGUGAAUCGACCAAAGAGGAUGGAUUGGUAUGCGUUCUGCAGCUUACUGAUAUACCUGGUGGAGCUAAAGCAUUUGAGUUAGUAGCCAAAUUUUGUUAUGGUGUUAGAUUUGAACUCACACCUCUAAAUGUAGUGAGUCUUAGAUGUGCAUCUGAGUAUUUGCAAAUGACCAACGAAUACGGUGAAGGAAAUCUAGUUGCACAAACGGAGGCUUUUCUUAACGAUGUUUUUGGGAAUUGGACAGACACAAUAAAAGCUUUAGAAACCUGUGAAGAAGUUUUACCACAUGCUGAAGAGCUUCAUAUUGUGUCGAGAUGCAUAAACUCGUUGGCGAUGAAAGCUUAUGGCGAUUCAAAGUUACUUAAUUGGCCUGUAAUGGAGAAUAGUAACGAUAAUACUGCAGGUUCUGAUGUAUGGAAUGGUAUAAGUACUGGAACGAAGUCACAGCCAAUGACUGAUGAUUGGUGGUACGAAGAUGUGUCGUUCCUCAGCUUACCUCUCUACAAACGUUUAAUUCAGGCUGUUGAAGCUGGAGGAAUGAGGCCUGAAAAUAUAUCAGGCGCCCUCGUGUUUUAUGCAAAGAAAUACAUUCCUUUAAUGAAUAGGCAAGCGAGUUUCAAGGACGCUAGUCAUGCUAAAUCAGCAUCCACGCCAUCAGAGGCAGAUCAGAGGGCGCUUCUUGAAGAGAUCGUGGAGUUAUUACCAAAACAGAAAGGAGUAACAGAGACUAGGUUUCUUCUGAGGUUGCUCCGUACUGCUAUGAUGUUGCAAGUUAGUCCGUCGUGCAGAGAAAAUUUGGAGGGAAGAGUCGGGUUGCAAUUAGAUCAAGCUACACUUGAUGAUUUGCUAAUACCAAAUAUUGGUUACUCGGUCGAGACUUUAUAUGAUAUCGACUGUUUUCAGCGUAUUCUGGACCAUUUCUUAUUAUUAGACCAGGCUUCUGCUGCUGCAUCUCCAUGUAUAAUGGAAGAAAAUCAAUUGGUGGAAGGUAAUCAGUCUUUGGCUUCAAUAACAAGGGUGGCCAAUUUGGUGGAUUCAUACCUUUCUGAGGUGGCGCCUGAUGUUAAUUUCAAGUUUCCGAAAUUUCAGUCUCUUGCUGCUGCAAUCCCAGAUUAUGCUAGGCCACAUGCUGAUGGUAUCUAUCGUGCAAUCGAUAUAUAUUUGAAGGCACAUCCUUGGCUUACAGAUAUUGAAAGAGAGCAAAUUUGCAGACUAAUGAAUUGCCAGAAGCUUUCGUUAGAGGCGAGCACACAUGCUGCUCAAAACGAGAGACUACCUCUAAGGGUUAUCGUUCAAGUCUUAUUCUUUGAACAGCUUCGACUACGUACAUCCAUUUCAGGAUGGUUUUUUGUGUCUGAUAAUCUUGACAACUCACAAAAUCUAAGUGGAGGGAUGGGACAACAUGGUGACAACACUAGACAGGGAAGGGGAUCAAGCAUUGAGGACAUGAGGGGACGUGUUUCGGAGCUUGAAAAGGAGUGUAACAACAUGAAGGAAGAGUUUCAGAAGCUGGUAAAAACAAAGAGAAGGUGGAAUAUAUUUUGCAGAAGAAAAUCUCAGUGUAACUCGAAAUCAGGAAAGCCAAGUGAAGCUGCAACAUGUCCCACUUUUCCAAAAAUUCACUAGUAAGUGUAGUGGAGUUGUUUUGUUACUAUUUUGGCAAUUCAAAAGGGUUUGAAUUAGUUUUAGAGUCGUGUUUACACUUAACACAGGAAACAGGUCGUUUCGACAUUUGCCAACAUUUAGAUUGUACAGUUUCUGGUGGGGUGAGGCUGAGGGGGGAGGGAAGUUAAGGUUUCUUAUGUUUUCUUGAAUAUCAGAAUUUGUUUGCAGAAAUUAUACAGUUUAACAUAUGAAACACAUUGCUAUAUAUUAAUAAAAUUGCACAUCAGAAAUGUUGAAUGAUCCAAGUACAAUAGC